GUUCGAGCUUUUCUAUCGACCGUAAAUCUGAUGGAUUCAGAGUCCAAGACUGGAAAGGUAAUUCUCGAUAUCUCAACCCACUCGCGCUACUCGCGCUACCCCACGCAAGCGAUAUAUAGCUCUAGCAAGCUGGCCUUUACCCACUUCAUACGACACAUCGGGGCCGAAUAUGCACAUACUGGGCUACGUAUUCAAUCGUACCAUCCGGGCGGGAUCUUGUCGGAUGCAGUGCGCAAAUUAGGGGGAGGAGGAGAUUAUCCUUGGGAUGACGUGAGUCUGCCGGCAGGAUUGGCGACAUGGCUGGCGAGCCCAGCAGCAGCGUUCCUGAACGGCAGGUUUAUUCUGAGUAACUAGGAUGUGGAUGAGAUUGCUGCUUUGAAGGAUAAGUUUGAGGUAGACGAGGACUUUUAGUAAGAUCGUUCUGAAGAUUAAGCCAGAUCCUUGAGGAAACGAAAUCUGCGACGGGG